GUGCACACCCGGUGGAUAGCGCAUAAAACAUGGCACAUGUGGGAAUGUUCAAUGUUCGGAAUCGUAAGUUGCAUCAAAAUGAUGCAACAGGAUGUUCAUUGUUAUGUACAGGAACCCCCGGCCUAGCGCUGUAGGUACAGUAGUAUCCUGAAGGUGGCGCUGUAAUAGAUUGGUGGUUGGCCUUCCUGUUCAAAUUCAAAGGGUUUAUUCUUUAGGUAGUGCAGAGCGGUACUGGGAGGAGGUGAAGGGUUUCUGCUUUGGCAGGCCGUCUUCUCCCAGCCUUCUUUUUGCAGUGGAAAGCCUCCUGGCAAUGCGCACAAUGUCAAAUUGUACCUGGAGGGCAGCAAGAGCAAAUGGUGGUGCUUGUGUUCUCAAAUGAGGGCAGCCCUCUGAGUUGCAGACUUUGCAACUCGUGAGCCUCAGCUGUAUCAGUCAGCAAGACAGUUUAGCUGCCUGCGAGCUGGAAGGAACCGUCAAGGGGCCCUCUACAAUGUAAUCAGGGAUUUACUUUAACCACAUACUGUAUCUUGUCCACAGCAGUCCUGUCGUUGGGACUGCUCAAGAAAGUUUGAUUAGAGAGGUCUCAACAUGAGUGACAGAACAGUAGCUAUGGACAAAACGGUCUGGGCAGACUGCCAGGGACUUCUGGCGGAAGCGUGCUCUGCCUUGGAGCCCGGCGAGCUCAUUCAUGGGGAGAACUUCAGCCUCUUCGAGGCAAUGGCUGCGAUUGAGAUCAUGGACCCUAAGAUGGAUGCCGGGAUGAGCACCGAGGGGUUCAAAAGCGCGCAGGAGGCGAUUGAGGGGGGUUCCGCACCGUUGGAUCUAACUGUCCCCCAGCUCCUAGAUGUAAUGGAUCAACUACUAGCGUAUGAGGCGACCUGGCAGAGUGGACACACCCUUGCUCAGACGGUGUAUUCCUGCCUGUACCUCCACAUUCCUGAGAGAACGGCUUCGAACCCUCUCCUCCAUGCAUACUGCAAGGUGGUCAGGAGCACGUGCAACCUGGUUCGGACGCUGGUCAUGGUUGCGGAUAUCCAUGAGGAGAACGAGGACUUUAUCGGGGCGACGUUCGGCUUCCCCCUGGAGCUAGAAGAGGACGGCCGCUGCAUGACGCUGCUAGCCGCAGUUGAGGAGACCCUUGCCAAGCAGCUGAAAGCGGCAAGAGCAGGCGCGGCUGGGGCGUCGCCGGAAGCUCCGGCCCCCCUCCAAGCCGACCCCCUGCUGGAAGAACCGUUCUGCGCGGCGCUGCUCGCGCGCCUCCGCUUCCGGCGCGCCCUGCACCAGGCGCUGACGCACCUCGACAAGGGGCCGACGCACGAGAAGGGCACGCUCGGCGCGCAGCAGGCGAUCGCGACGGCCGCCAAGGAGCUCGCGAUCAUCCGCAUCUCGAGCCCGCAGCUGGCGCGGGCAUUGGAACGGGUGACGUCAGCGGGCACGGCCGGAGGGGGGGUCCCACAGGAAGCGCCUCGAGCGGUGACGUCAGAGGGAGCGUCUGACACGGGGACGUCAGCGGCCGGAUCAGGGACGUCAGCGGAAGCGUCUGGAAAGGGGUCCUUCGCUGGUUCAAAAGAAGGGGCGACACCAGCACGAAGUUCUCGGGGUGCAGAAGGGGCGGGUAAGUCCAGGGAACGGAAAGCGACUGGGAAGGAGAGAACACCCAAAGGACCGCGCAAAUCGGUCGAGGGAGCGCCCGUUUCAUCGGAGACGGGAGCCGGUGUCUCUGGAAGAGGCACGAAGCAACCGGAGGCUGCAAGCGCCGAUAAGUACGUGCCAAGCGGGAGUGUCCGAAGUCAGGAAAGCACAAGAAGGGGUGAUCGAACCACCGGGGGAAUGGCCGACACCCGAGAGGAAAGUGGGAGUUUAGAAGGAAGGCGAGGGGCCGAGACGCCGGCCCAGCCAAGCGACGCUUUCUCGGAUGAAGCCCCUGGGGGGCGGGAAUGGGGCAACGGUGCGGAUGCGCUAGCCGCCAGUCUGCAAGCGAGCGUGCUUUCAGAAAGCGAGCACGACAGAGAAAGUGGUCCCAGCAGCAGCGGACGCGUUUCUUCUGGAGCUACGUACGCUGCGCCAAGCGACACCCCGCACAGCCGGGAUCGGAUGCCGUGCACGAUCCACCUUCGGGAGGGGGGGUCGACGUCCGCGCCACUUCCCAGCCCCUCCGAGGCGGCGGGAAUUAUUGCUGGACAGCCGCCUAUUCACACCAGGGACCUUCGUGAGGGGGUCACGGGAACGGCAGAGGCAUCCACGGCUUCGGGGCGUGCGGCGAUCGGGUUCGACGAGAGUGUGAAUAGGCGGCUUCUGGGGUCGACGCCGCCACGGUCGAUGAAGAUGCUGACGUGGGCUGAGACGAUGGACUACUACGACCGCCUCCUCCAAGACCUCGCCCAAAUCACGCACGCGCCCUCCGCCCGCUCCCUCGCUGACGUCAUCCAGUUCGUCGCUGACUUCAGCGACCGCCAGCCCCGCAUUUUGGCUCGGUCACGCCUCUUCCUGCACUUGUUCCCGGAGGCGUUCCUCGUUUUGGGGCGAGACUCCCUCACGGAAAUGGUGCUAGAUGCGGUGAACUUGCCGCAAGGAGCGAUCAGGAAAGACCCCGGGGUGCUCGCGUUUGCAGUGAAGGCGGCACGGGCCGUGAAAGCGCUGCUGAAGCUCCUGUGCGUGAACAACAGCCGGCAGCGGCGGAAGCUGGCGCGCUGCCUGGCGGAAUGGGAAGGAGUUCGACGAGAGGCGGAAGCUCAGAGUCAGCACAACGAAGCUAUACGGGCUUGGGUGGCACAAACGCUGGAGGCGCAAGGAGCGCUUGGCCCCGACCAUCCUCCCGACGCGUGGCUCGACAACGUCUUCACCUGCUGGACCGAGCAGCAGAUCUGUCGAAUCAUGACGCGCCACCUGUCCCUCGGCUUCCCCCAGCAGCUCUACUCCCCAGGAGAGCUCCCGGUUAUCUUCUGGUACCUCUCGCGUGUCUACGUUAACCACGCCGGGUUACUGCACACCCAUGGGAACCACCUUUUGGCGAUGCAUAAGGUGCAAAAUUUGGGUGGGGGCCGGAGAAAGUCGAGAGGGGGCGAGGGUACCGGGCGGUACGUACCGGGCGUGGACCAGUACCUGGUGACGGCGUACGGGAGGCUCGCGUGGGGGAUGACGCAGGCAUUUGCGCUCUUGCAACGGUCAAACAAGCUGCCCCAACACGCAUCACCUUUCAACAGCGGCUUCGAGGUGUACCUUCAGCGCUUCGCCCCCUUCAUAGCCGUCCAGCAGCCGGUUGCCAUACCCUAUGAGGAGUACACGGGCGAGCUGGAGUAUAUGCUAUCCGCCCAGUAUGACGUCCUUGGUGGGGCCCUCCGCGCGUUCGAGGACGCGCUCGAGAUGACACGUGCCCUGUCCACCGAGCUGGCCCGAAUGGAUCUACCACGUGUCAGCCAGGCGCGGCGCGCUGAGGAGUGCCGGCAGCUGGAGCAGGUUGUGCAGCGAAAUGUUGUGGCCCUGAAGGUCCUAGCGCACGUGGGAGCCGCUUCCACGCACGCAGUAACCUGCGACUUCUCAUAUCACCAGUUUUUCCCGGUGUUGGUGGUCAAAAAGGUGACCGGAAAGACUUCCAAGAGUUAAAACGUUCGUCCGUGCGAAACUAAGGAGGAAGGGGCAUGCGUUUACGCAUGCACAGACUCGCCCACCAGCCAAUAACUAACGAACCCAGGUGCAUGUGGUCUGAGUCCGCACAUGCACAGAUUCCAAAUCGAAAGGCUACCAUCGGCGCACAUCUUCGAUGUGUGUGUGGUCUGCCGGUUCCGCUUUUCCUUGGCCUUGGGUAUCAGGCAAGCUACAUCUCACCACUUGACGUCCCAGUACCAAGUCUUGCGCUGCUUGCAGCUUACAUUAAGCUGGAGCAAGGUAUGGUUUGACGCUGAGGUUAUGGUAUAAUUUACUUGGGCCGAGUUGUGGGUAUCCACAUCCAUCCCUCCUUGGAAGUCAAG